GGGGGUUAGAGUGCGGCCCUCGGGGGUGGGGGGCACCGCCAGGGACCCCUCCCCCCCGCUUCGGGGACCUCCUCCUCGCCCUCCCAGGAGAGGCGUUUGCACCAGGGGCCAUCGCCACCUCCUCCAGGCUGCUGCCGCCCCGGGGGCUGUGGCGGAGCCCCGUGUCCCGGCGCAGCCGGGCAGUGACAUGGGCCGUGUGUUACAGCCUCUCUCAUCGCCCCAGCCCGGUGCCUUCGGGGGUGGGGGGGGCGCGCCUCGCUUUGCACCUGCUGCUCUCUCCCAGGGGUGUGAUGGACAGGUGACAGAUUUUCAUUUUGUGUCAAGGAAUCAGAAUGACUGAGUGCUUCCUGCCUCCUACCAGCAGCCCCAGUGAACAUCGCAGAGUGGAGCAUAGUGGGGUUCUUGCCCGUACUCCCAGCUCUGAAGAAAUCAGCCCUACAAAAUUCCCUGGAUUGUACCGGACUGGUGAACCUUCUCCACCUCAUGAUAACUUACAUGAGCCUCCAGAUAUAGUGUCUGAUGAUGAAAAGGAGCAUGGGAAGAAGAAAGGAAAAUUUAAGAAAAAGGAGAAAAGAACGGAGGGUUAUGCUGCCUUCCAAGAAGACAGCUCUGGCGAUGAAGCUGAAAGUCCUUCCAAGUUGAAGCGGUCCAAAGGAAUUCAUGUUUUCAAGAAGCCCAGCUUUUCCAAAAAGAAAGAAAAGGAUUUUAAAGUAAAAGAAAAACCCAAAGAUGAAAAACAUAAAGAUGAUAAACAUAAGGAAGAAAAACAUAAAGAGAAGAAGUCAAAAGACUUAACAGCAGCAGAUGUUGUAAAACAGUGGAAAGAGAAGAAAAAAAAGAAAAAGCCAACUCCAGAGCCAGAGGUACCUCAGAUGGAUGUUCCAAGUUUUAGGCCUGUGUUUGGAAUUCCUUUGGCUGAUGCAGUAAAUAGGACCAUGAUGUACGAUGGCAUUCGCCUGCCGGCAGUUUUUCGUGAAUGUAUAGAUUACAUUGAGAAGUAUGGCAUGAAAUGCGAAGGCAUCUACAGAGUUUCAGGAAUAAAAUCAAAGGUGGAUGAACUAAAAGCAGCCUAUGAUCGAGAAGAAUCUCCCAACUUGGAGGAAUAUGAGCCGAAUACCAUAGCCAGCUUACUGAAACAAUAUCUACGAGAACUGCCUGAAAACUUGCUUACCAAAGAGCUAAUGCCCCGCUUCGAAGACGCUUGUGGGAAGAGCACAGAGGGGGAAAAAGUUCAGGAGUGCCAACGCUUGCUGAAGGAAUUGCCAGAGUGUAACCACCUCUUAAUUUCUUGGUUGAUAGUGCACAUGGACCAUGUUAUUGCAAAGGAACUAGAAACAAAAAUGAACAUCCAGAACAUUUCUAUAGUGCUCAGCCCUACUGUUCAGAUCAGCAACCGUGUCCUGUAUGUAUUUUUUACACAUGUCCAAGAGUUCUUUGGAAAUGUAACUCUAAAGCCGGUGACAAAGCCCCUUCGCUGGUCUAAUAUGGCAACGAUGCCAGCACUGCCAGAAACACAGGAAACCAUUAAAGAGGAAAUCAGACGACAGGAGUUCCUUUUGAACUGUUUACAUCGAGACUUGCAGGCGGGGAUAAAAGACUUAUCCAAAGAAGAGAGAUUAUGGGAGGUACAAAGAAUUUUAACGGCCCUUAAAAGGAAACUAAGAGAAGCUAAAAGACAGGAGUGUGAAACAAAGAUUGCUCAAGAAAUUGCCAGCCUUUCAAAGGAAGAUAUUUCCAAAGAAGAAACAAAUGAAAAUGAAGAAGUUAUUAAUAUCCUACUUGCUCAGGAGAAUGAGAUCUUGACAGAACAGGAAGAGCUACUGGCAAUGGAGCAGUUUCUGCGCAGACAAAUUGCCUCUGAGAAGGAGGAGAUAGAACGCCUUCGAGCAGAAAUAGCUGAAAUUCAAAGUCGUCAGCAGCAUGGUCGAAGUGAAACUGAAGAAUAUUCUUCCGAGAGUGAGAGCGAGAGCGAGGAUGAGGAAGAGCUACAGAUUAUCUUGGAAGAUUUGCAAAGGCAGAACGAGGAACUAGAGAUAAAGAACAAUCAUCUGAACCAAGCGAUUCAUGAAGAACGAGAGGCCAUCAUUGAGCUGCGAGUGCAACUUCGACUGCUACAGAUGCAGCGAGCAAAAUCAGAGCAGCAGGUGCAGGAAGAAGAUGAGCCAGAAAAGCGCGGGAGUGUUUCUCAACAGCAAAGAGACAGUGUCCUGGAGACAAAAGCAACUAAAGAGCAGUCAAAGGCAGUCAAGGAGCUAGUCAAGCCAUCACCAAGCAAAGACAGGAAGGAAACUCCAAUCUGAUCAGGGUCCUUGGGUAUUCAUAAAAUCAACUGGACUUAGCAAGGACUGUGCAACUUACUGUAAUUUUGAGGUGAAAACUGCACCAGUCUUUGCUGGCUGUGUACAUUGUGUAAAAUCAUGCUUUUAAAACCCUGGAGACUUGUCUCUUUCAUAAUUGUGGAUUCUACCCAUUAGGCUCAGGUUACUUUGGAAGACAAAGCAAUUAAAGAUUGGAGAGUGCAGAGAAGUUUUCCAGCUAGUGUCAGAUUAUUGGAGACCAAUUUGCUACAGCUGACUUCAGUUAAUGGUUUUAUUUUAAACCAGAGCAAUUUAUUUGCUUUCAUCAGAGAAAAAUUGGGAGGUCUCUUCUUUCCAGUCAAUGAAAAGUAAAAACCUAUCCACAAACAUUAAUUAUUUGCCUUGUGAAUCUACUUGUUCUUAUUCACAGUCGUUUCUGCUUAUCUGGUCACUCUUGCUUGUGCCUUGGAUACCUUUCUGAUGCAGAUUAAAUACAAAGGAGCUUUAAAUUCUUUCCUGUUUGGCUAAAAAGUGUGAGACUGCAGGAUAUCAUUGUUACCUAACAAAUGCCCUAACAGAUACCUAAUUCCCUCAUUUUACAGCUCUAAGAUGUAUUAAAAUAAAUGUAAAAUUUUACAGAUGUAUUGUCCCUUAGUGGUGGAAGGUGUUCAUCAGCUUCCAGUAAAAUGUUUUGGUAAUGUAGUUCGCCCAUUUGCUGGUUUGUAAACCAGUGAUCAUCAUCAUCAGUUGUAUAACCUAUCUCUUGUAUUCACAUGUCUAGUGCACAGCAACUGCACUUUCUUAUUCCAGAGAAAGGGUCCAUUUUCAAGUGUUUUGAACUCAGUUCAGUUCAAACUCAGCAACUGAUGCUUUUGUAAUUAAAGGGGAUUGGUUAUGUUGUUUGCUUAGGUAAUAAUAACUUCUAUUUGCCUAAUCGAGCAAUAUAUUAUUCCAGUUACAGAAAGCCAAGCCAUGUAUGCUUUUCUGAUAAGCCUGAUUAAAGAUGCCUGCUGAGGGAGCAGGUUUCAGCAAUAGACAUUGUUUCUUUAGUAACAAGAACUGCCACUUUCUUUGGGCUCAGCUAUUUAAUCCUGUCACUAAUGAAAGGCCUUCAUAAAAAUUGGCAUCAUAGGGCUGUUUUUGUUUCCAGUGCACUCUUUUAUAUAUGUCAAAUGAAAUGAUGGUCGUGAGACUAGUCAAUAAAUAUUCAACUAAAAAAUAGCAAAAAUAACUUCACCGUAUGCUCAUAGCCUACCUUGUUUGUAGAAUCUGGAUAUUUAUUUUUAGCACCUGUUGGAUGUGGUUCUACUUUUUAUCUAUUGCACUGUUGUGAAUCAUUGGCCAUGAUUUAAUUUUGUACAGAUAAUGCUUUGAUAUGUUAUAGAAAACAGCCUCAUAUUUUUUUAAAAUGUGGAGAAUAGAAUUUAUGAAGAUUGAGAAUGUGGUUAGGUGGCAACUUUACACAUGUAAAGCAUUCUCCCUUGCCAGUCUGUUACAUGCAUUUUAUAUAUGCUAGCAAUAUUUAAACAAAAUGUUUAAAUUAACUCUUAAUUUCUAUCAGGUUGCCAUGGAUUUUUCUAAUCAGUGUACUUCAGACAAAUCUCUUAAUAUUGAUUAACUUUUAUUUUGCUAGGACCAUAUUCAUCAAGCAAAUAAAUGCAACAGCCAUUUGAAAAUAGUCUGUAAUGUA